UAGUUUUACAGAUGAGGACUAGAGAGAGAAACUGAUUCACUCUGGCCAGAAACUUUGGAUAGUCAAUUAAUUGGGCCUAGAGCCACAGUCAGAACAAAGAAUGUCCCAGCCACAAGUGACUUUAAGGGAUAAUCAAAUCUAAUUCCCUCUUUUUAGUGUAGGGAGAAAUUAAGGCCCGUAGAGAAAAGGGAUUUAGCCAAUGCCUGGAGGCAAGAAAAGAACUCGCUCUCUCUAAAUGAAGGCCUCUGGUCUUUGCAACCAACCAGAAGCCAAGGAAAAGAUUAAGGAGAGCAGGGACCUGAGGGGAAAGGAAGAGAAAGGGAAUGGCCGGAGGACUCUAGGGAUAGGGAGGAGAGGGAGGCAGAAGGGACUCAGGGGAGAUAUAGGGAACAGGAGGGGAGAACGAUCCUUUGGGAGUGAAACGAUCUCAGGCAGCUGAACAGGGGUCUCCCUCCUCCUCCAACCUCUGAUUUGGUCCCGACGCCCCCAGUUUUCCCUGCCAUCAUGAGUACCAGGACCCGCCCCACCUUUACCUUCUUGCUGCUGCUGCUGGCGCUGGCCUCAGCAGCCCAGGCUGCCCGGCCCCGAUUUCGACGAGAGGAGAGCCCUGGCCUGCUGAGCAAGGUCCAGAGCCAUAUCAUUGACUACUGGGAGUCUGCCAAAGCGAAGGCCCACGAACUCUACGAGAAAGUCCCCAGACUUGACGAGAACAUCAGGCACGUCUAUGACAAGGGCUCAGAGGCCAUGACCACGUACACUGGGAUUCUGACAGAUCAGAUCCUUCACAUGCUAAAAGGGGAACAAUGAGCUAAUGAAUGCUGGCUCCCCCUUAUCUCCAACCCAGGCAGGUCCAGCCUGAGGCAUCACUCCCAGACUCCCCUCUAAUAAAACUGUAUAAAAGAGACCAAA